ACAGCGACCGCGACGGGGACCUCCUUCCCCCGUGAGUCCCGUACCCCUCCCGCUCCGCACCCGCUCUCGCGGCCAUGUCGCCCGCCGCCGCCACCGCCGCCGCCUUCGCCUCCGCGACCUUAGCCGCCCGCACCGGUACCGGUCCCUCCCACUGCCGCCUCCGCCUUCUGCUCCGCGGGGCCCCCGUCCCUCGCCGCGCCGUCGCCUCGAUGGCCGUCUCCGCCCCCAGGUCCGCCGCCGCCGCCGCCACCGCCGCCGCUUCGUUCCUCGAGCGCCGCGAGUCCGAGCGCGCGCUCCAUUUCGUCAAGUACCACGGCCUCGGCAACGACUUCAUCAUGGUGGACAACAGGGAUUCGGCCGUGCCAAAGGUGACGCCGGAGGAGGCGGCGAAGUUGUGUGACCGGAACUUCGGCAUUGGUGCCGAUGGCGUCAUCUUCGUCAUGCCGGGAGUCAAUGGCGCUGACUACACCAUGAGGAUCUUCAACUCUGACGGCAGCGAGCCAGAGAUGUGUGGUAAUGGGGUCCGUUGCUUUGCUCGAUUUAUAGCUGAGCUUGAAAAUCUGCAGGGAACAAAUAGCUUCAAGAUUCAUACUGGUGCUGGACUGAUCAUUCCUGAAAUACAAAGUGAUGGGCAGGUAAAGGUUGAUAUGGGCGAGCCCAUCCUUUCUGGACCAGACAUCCCCACAAAACUGCUAGCUACCAAGAACAAAGCUGUUGUCCAAACUGAAUUGGCAGUUGAGGGCUUAACGUGGCAUGUGACAUGUGUUAGCAUGGGCAAUCCCCACUGCGUCACAUUUGGUUCAAAGGAGUUAAAGCAGGCCUUGCAGGUUGAUGAUUUAAAACUUAGCGAAAUUGGGCCUAAAUUUGAGCAUCAUGAAAUGUUUCCUGCUCGCACCAACACAGAAUUCGUUCAGGUUUUGUCUCGCACACAACUCAAAAUGCGAGUUUGGGAGCGCGGUGCUGGAGCAACUCUUGCCUGUGGUACUGGUGCUUGUGCAGUUGUUGUUGCAGCUGUUCUUGAGGGCCGAGCUGAGCGGAAAUGUGUAGUUGAUUUGCCUGGCGGACCUUUGGAAAUUGAGUGGAGGGAGGAUGACAAUCAUGUUUACAUGACUGGUCCUGCAGAGGCCGUCUUUUAUGGAUCUGUUGUUCACUAGGUACUGGGGCCCAAGAUAGAAGCGUUGGCUACUACUGGGAGCUCAAGAGAUCGGCUACAAAAUCCAUGAAAUCGAAUGUUCUGGUACCAGUACGCUUGUUUGAUAUUCGUAAUUGUGAUAGCUUAACUCGGGCAGCAUUAGAGGCUUCCUUUUGAAGAAUUCCAGUGUUAAGAAUUCUUUGUACUCCUUUCUCUGUCAGGUUGAACUCUACAUUGGUAGUAGACCUCUUUGACUUUUUGUUGUUUCUUUUCUUUGGCAAUAAGCGGAUGUCAAUGCGUAAUUCCAGUAUUGUUGUCUACAUGUGUAUCUUGAUGUGGUGCAGAAUACUAAUGCACUUCUGACAGAAUGAAUUGUUGGUCAUGACUUACGGUUAA